GGGACCACAGUGAGAACACAGUCACCAUGGCUAGAACAGGGAACAGCCUCGUCUUUCUGAUGAUCGUCUCGUUCGUCCAGUGCAGCCCUCCACCCUUCUGGACUCACCCACCAACAUGCUACUCCAAGGUGUUGGACAUGGGAAGGGACGUCAGUGCGCGUGUGUCCAACAUAAAGAAUGACCCUGAAACUGGUCGCUGUGCCGAUCACAUGCCUUAUCUGUACAUUGAUGUGCAUAAUUCUUGCGUUAUGGAGACGAUGCGUAGCUUCGUGACGAUGAUCGACCGCAUGCGACAGAGGCGCUGUGCGUACACGCGCAAGGUCCAGGAGCUGCACGUGAAGUUGCGACAGCUUCACAUGAUCAUCUCCCAGAGGUGUCAUGGGGACUUGGUGUUCACUAUUGAUGACUGUGCUGCAUUGGGGAGAGGACCAAGAACUUCCUAAAAUGGUGACUCUUUUGAGUUCAAAACAUUUGGGUUGUUAUUCUGUUUUCAGGUUUUAUGUCACAUUCAAUUUACCCAUAUUUAGGAAAUACAGGAAUAACAGAAACUCAUGACAUGCACCGCAUGCUCUAUAAAGAAACACAUUUCACCACUUAAAAUGUAGAUCUUAUUCAUGUUAUUGUAAACAAUGUUUUCUGUAAAUGUAAAUUAACCACUAAAAUGUCAAAAUGUUAAUACCGUAUGUUUGUAUGGUCAAGAGAACUGAGAGAUUGCCACCACUAGGGGGCGAUAUUAAAUAAGAUGGGAUAAAGGACUUUGUGGAAAGACCCGUCAUCAACAUUUUAAACCACUAGGGGGCGAUAUUAAGUAAGAUGGGAUAAAGGACUUUGUGAGAAGACCCGUCAUCAACAUUUUAAACCACUAUGGCUAUCCCUGUGCUUCAAAUAAGGCAUUCGCUUUUUGUCUUUGUAAGAGCUUGAUUGGCAGGAUAGUUUGAAUAAAUGGUCAACUGAUAAUCAACUCUAGAAUGUAGCACAGUAUACGUUUGGAUAGUUUCAAUCUUUAUUCUUUCAGAAACUUCUCUCUACCAUUUAAAUAAAUAUUUGUCAAGUUGUCA